AUGGCGAGUGCGGAUGAGGAUGCCGAUGCUGUUUUGAGCGAUGUUGAGGCCGAUGAUCCGGUGCCUAUUGAUAUGAAUAGCCAUUCACCUGAGGAUGUUUCGGUGGAGAGAUUCCGGGAAGUUCUUGCGGAGCUUGACCGGGAGAAGCAAGCCCGGCUGGCCGUGGAGAAUUCGAAGAACGACCUCCAGGUUCAGUUUAAUAGGCUUAAAGUGCUUUGCCACGAGGCGAUCAAGAAGCGCGAUGAGUGCUCGAGACAGCUUGAUGAGGCAGUGAAGGAUAAGGAGGAGACAUUGGGGAAAUUGGAGAAGGUUUCUGGAGAGUUGAGUGAGGAAAUCAAGUUGAAAGAUGAGGCCCUGAGGCAAAAGGAUGAGGUUUUAAGACAGUUAGAGGAGUUGGGGAAAGCUAAGGAUUCGUCCCGGGUGGAAAUGGAGACGGGAUCAUCAAUGUUAGUUAGUGGGAUUCAGAAGAUUUCGAAGAAAGUUAGUAGUUACAAGGAUUUUGGAGCAAAUGGAUUGCCAAGAUCAAAUAAAUAUUCGGGAUUGCCAGCAGUGGCAUAUGGUGUAAUUAAGCGGACGAAUGAGAUUGUCGAGGAGCUUUUGAAGCAGAAUGAGUUGAACGUGAAGUCAAGGAAUGAGGCUAGGGAGUUAAUGGAGCAGAGGAAUUAUGAGAUUGCCAUUGAGAUUUCUCAGCUCGAGGCGACGAUUAGUGGAUUGAGAGAGGAGGUGGGGAAAAAAACUGAGGAAAUUGAGAGCUUGAAGAAGUCUGUGGAUGAGAAUAAUGAGAAAUUUGCUGAAUUGGAAAGUGAGUUUUUUGGGAAGCAGGCGGCAUCGGAGAGUGAAAUGUCAAGGUUGAGGCUGUUAGCGAGAGAAUACGAGUCAAAGAUUGAUUCACAAAGGCCGUUGUUGGUGGAUCAAUUGAAUUAUGUAUCGAGAAUUCAUGAAAAUAUGUUUGAAGUUAUGAAGAUUGUUGAUGCUAAUAAAUCCUCUGAAUUGUCCGAAUCGUUGUUCCUUGCAGAAGAAACAGAUUUUGAGGAAAAUCUUAGGGCUUCUUUGGCAGGAAUUGAGUCUAUUUAUGAAUUGAGUAAAAUUGUUGUUGAGAAAACAAGGGAUUUGAUGAAUGAGAAGAGUCGUGAAGUGAAAAGUCUAAAUGAGACGGUUUCUCAAUUCAUAAAGGAGAAAGAACAACUUGACUCUUUAUUGAGAAGUGCUUUGUCAAGAAGAAUGUCAGUGGACUUGUCAGCAAAAGCAAAUGAAUUGUUUAAAGUUGCAGAAAAUGGAUUAAGAGAGGCCGGGAUAGAUUAUAACUUCAGCAAACAUCUUGGGGAAAAUACGUUUCAGGCUUCUAAAGAUAUAUCGGGUGGUGAAGAGACAGAAAAGGAUGAAGUGUAUGCUCUUGCUAGUGCACUGGAGGAUAUCAUUAAACAAUCUCAGCUCGAGAUCAUUGAUCUAAAGCAUUCUGUGGAGGAACUCAGGGCAGAGUCAAGUUUAUACAAGGAGCAUGUGGACGCUCUAUCCAAGGAGCUCAACCAGUGGAAACAACGUGUGGAAGAGCUUGAAGAGAAGGAGAGAUUGGCAAAUGAAAAUGUCGAAGGUCUUAUGAUGGAUAUUUCUGCUGCUGAAGAAGAAAUCACACGGUGGAAAAUAGCUGCACAACAAGAAGCUGCAGUAGGGAAAGCAGUCGAACAAGAGUAUGUAGCACAGUUGGAAGUUGUGGGCCAGGAACUCGAGGAGGCAAAGAAAACUGUAAUUGAAUGGGAGAAAAAGCUGAAGUUCAAAGAAGAAACAGCAGCGGCUGCCAUGGCAGCAAGAGACGCUGCUGAGAAAUCAUUGAGAUUGGCAGAUAUGAGGGCGUCUAGGCUGAGAGACAGAGUCGAAGAGCUGACUCAUCAACUCGAUGAGCUAGACACCCAAGAAACCUCAAGAACGGGCCUCACUCGGCCGAGAUACGUAUGUUGGCCAUGGCAAUGGCUUGGCUUGGAUUUUGUCGGCUCACGUCCUUCAGCAACACCACAACAAAGUGCAAAUGAAAUGGAACUUUCUGAACCCCUUCUUUGA